AUGGAUAUUGCCAUUCAGCAUCCCUGGUUCAAACGAGCUCUUGGACCUUUACUUCCAAGCCGCUUUUUUGACCAUUUUUUUGGAGAUGGUUUUUUUGAAUAUGAUCUCCUGCCUUUGUUUUCUUCUACCAUCAGCCCAUACUACAGGCAAUCUUUCUUCCGUACUUUGCUGGACUCAGGUGUUUCUGAGGUGAGAUCUGACCGAGACAAGUUUCUUGUCUUUUUGGAUGUAAAGCAUUUCUCCCCUGAAGAUUUGAGUGUGAAAGUCAUUGAGGACUUUGUGGAAAUUCAUGGCAAACACAAUGAGAGACAGGAUGACCAUGGAUACAUUUCCCGUGAAUUCCAUCGUCGAUACCGUCUUCCUUCCACUGUCGACCAAUCAUCCAUCACUUGCUCUCUGUCUACUGAUGGCAUGCUAACCUUCUCUGCUCCCAAGGUUCAGUCUGCCACAGACCCCGGCCAUAGCGAGAGACCCAUUCCCGUAUCCCGCGAAGAGAAGCCGACUUCAGCUCAGUCUUCUUAG